GUUCGCCUGUUUCUACUGCAUUUCCACUACAGACUAUACCCUUUAAAACAGGAUGUUCUAGUUCGCAAGGCUGGAGGUCUAUUUUUAUCAUCCAACGGCGUCAAAAUCGAAAUCCCUCCGGGAGCCUCCAGUGGCCGGCGAGAGAGACUCCUCUGCGCUCCAGUGCCCAGCACAGCACGUGGCGUGUUGGGACCCUGGUUGGGACCAGACUUGCGUAUGGCCAGCGACAUUCAGUUGUUCUAUGCCCCACACAGUUUCCGACAACCCGUUGCUCUGUUCAUUCCAUUCAGUUAUGCCGCGGCAAGAGAGUUAACUUAUCAGAUGGAGGAAGAACCAACUUUAAUAGAAAGACAGAGAUUUAAAAUUGAAUACGUCAGUAAAGAAGCUAUCGAUGGGGAUACG